GGGGCGAUGCUGUUCCACAGCCUGUCCGGGGUCCCCGAGAUGCACGGCGUGAUCGACGAGAUGGACCGGAGGAGCAAAGGCGGAGGAGGAGAAAGAGAAAGAGAAAGAGGAGAAAGAGGAGGAGAAGCGCCCGCCAUCAGCUCCGCCAUCGACCGGGGAGACGCCGAGACGGCCAUGCCUUCGCUGAGCCUGGGGUCCGGGGUCGUGGGGGGCGUGGGGGGCGAGCACGCGGCCCUGUGUGCCGGCUGUGGGGGCAAGAUCUCGGACCGCUACUACCUCCUGGCGGUGGACAAGCAGUGGCACAUGCGCUGCCUCCAGUGCUGCGAGUGCAAGCUCAACCUGGAGUCCGAGCUCACCUGCUUCAGCAAGGACGGGAGCAUCUACUGCAAGGAGGACUACUACCGGCGCUUCUCGGUGCAGCGCUGCGGGCGGUGCCACCUGGGCAUCUCGGCCUCGGAGAUGGUGAUGCGGGCGCGGGAGCUGGUCUUCCACCUCAGCUGCUUCACCUGCGCCUCCUGCGCCCGCGUCCUCGCCACCGGAGACCACUUCGGCCUCAAGGACGGACUCGUCUACUGCCGGCCCCACUUCGAGGCCCUGCUCCGGGGAGGGCCCUUCGCCUUGCACUUCGCCGCCGGGGAGGGCGCGGGAAAGGCGGGCGCCGCGCCAGGACAGGCCCCGGCUUUGGGCCCUGCCGCCCUGGGACUGCCCGGGUACUACAACGGGGCCGGCGCCGUCCAGAAAGGCAGGCCGAGGAAGAGGAAGAGCCCCGCGCCCGGCCCGGACCUCGCGGCCUACAACGCAGCCCUGAGCUGCAAUGAGAACGACGGGGACCACCUGGACCGCGACCAGCAAUACCCCAGCAACCAGAAAACGAAGCGCAUGCGGACCUCCUUCAAACACCACCAGUUGCGGACAAUGAAGUCUUAUUUUGCUAUUAACCACAACCCGGACGCCAAGGACUUGAAGCAGCUCGCGCAGAAGACAGGCCUGACCAAGAGAGUGCUCCAGGUCUGGUUCCAGAACGCUCGGGCCAAAUUCCGGCGGAACCUGCUGCGCCAGGAGACCACGGGGGUGGACAAGGCCUCCGAGGGGGCGCUGCAGGCGGGCACCCCUUCGGGCCCGGCCUCGGAGAUCUCCAACACCUCCAUGAGCCCCUCCAGCACCCCCACCACCUUGACGGACUUAACCAACCCCAGCAUGCCCUCGGUCACCUCGGUCUUGACCUCCGUGCCCGGCGCCUUGGACGUCCACGAAUCCCGGAGCCCCCCGCAGACCACGCUCACGAAUCUUUUCUGAUGACUCUCGUUUCCCUUUCCUCCUUCCUUCCUUUCUUCCUUUCCGUUCCUUUCUUAUUUUUAUUUUUAUUUUUUUUCGAAGAGGAAAAAAAUUAUUCUUAGUGUAUUUUGCUAGAGACGUUCCCGCACGGGGUUCUAGAGCCGCAGCGUAGGGAGAACCGGCGGGACUGAGGACGGACUUGCCGCACAACCUUUGUGUUCCUGUACAGCUUUGGUGGGCCGCGGGGGGCCAGGGAAACAGCGGUUAAUUUAAGUUGGCGAAAGCUUCUGUGAUUUCCAGAGACUGUCAUGUGCCUUAUAUACUGUUCUCCCCUCUUCGCCCCAAAUUUGGGUUAAACCCCCCCUUCCCAAAAAGAAAAACAAAACCCUUGUUCCUUUCUGUAUAUUUAUGACCAAACAAAACCAACACAAGAGGAGAUGUCCAUAAGAGUUUGGUUCCUUGGAAUUAGUCCUAAAAAAAAGCCCUUCAUUUGGUUGUUCUGAUGUUUUAGACUUUUGGAGAAAAAAAAGUGGGAUUUAAAAAAAAUAAAAUCUGUUCAGCUAUCAGAAUUUGUAAACAAAACAAAAAAAAACCUAACCAGUAAUAAAACCACUUACAGAAACUA